AUGGUGAAGCUCUUCUGUGCGAUCGUUGGCGUGGCGGGCAGCGCGUUCGAGGCGGAGAAGCCGAACGACUUCAAGGACAUCGAUGCAGACAAGCUGCGGAUCUUCCUCGCGAAGACGGCGGACGGCGCGUGGCUCUCAUCGAAGGACCCUGAUGUGAUUUCUGUGCGAAGCGGAGGCAUUCCUGAACAAGUGAAGACACUGCUAAACGAGCAAAUCGAUCCAGCAGAAGAGAUUGCCGAUGUCUUUGCACCAGCUCCGCAGAAGAAGCAGAUCCAAGUGCUGGUGGUGGUUCCGGGUCAUGAAGACAGUAAGUACCGCUUCUACCAAGGCAAGAACAUGGAGUCGCACCUCUACGAGGGAAUUCAGCCUGCUGAGUUCUACGACAAGCUCGAGAACGUGCUCGCAACCCAGAAGUCUGCCUUCAAGGUCAACAUCGCUCUUGGAUACAAGCUUGUCAGCAGAACUGAUGACAGCGAGACUCGCUACUUCCACCCGAAUAUUAGCAACACGUCUGUGAUCUCGGAGAUUUGCUUCAUGGAGUUGGCUGACAAGCUCAACUACCCCAGCUCCGGGUACAUGGUGAAGGGGAUUACUGGCUUCAAAAUCUAUAUCUACCAACGCGACCAUGCUCUGGGUGAUAGCGAGGCUGUCAUUCCUAAGGCGAUUCGUGAUAACAAGCACGUCAUCAACUUCCCCAAGACGAACAACAAGUGUGUCUUCCACUGCAUUGCUUAUCACAAGCAGGAGGGAGCCAAGAAGGAUCCUCGCAGAAUCCAGGCUCUGGUGAAACAAGCCUUCAAGCAGUACUGUUCGUACAAGGAGAUCACCUACACUCUGGGUCUGUUCCGCAAUUUCAAGCCUAUCGACAUUCUCCAAUUCGAUGAGCUUGAGGAGUGCUUCAAGCUGAACAUCAACGUCUUCAACAUGGAUGUUGAGACUGGCAAGGUUGAAUGCAUUCGCUGCUCGGACAAGGACUAUGAUUCGAUCAACAUCCUGUCGCACGAGAAUCACGCUCUCUACAUCACGAACGUUGGUAUGCUCCAGCAGAAGUACCAAUGCUCUAUGUGUGAGAUGGUGUUUGUUAGCUCUGAUAAGCUACGCAACCACACUAAGAACCAAUGCGAACUCGUGAACAUCGAAUCGUUCCCAGCUCAGCCAACCAUCUACCAACCCGCUCCGAACAGCAUUCGUUCCAUGCUGACUAAGUACUCCAUCAAGGAUGCUGACCAUUACAUCGAUCACUUCAUUGUCUAUGAUUUUGAGGCUAUCCUCAAGCCUACGGGUGUCAAAAACGGAGUGAAUACUAUCUUCACAAACGAACACAUUCCUGUGUCUGUUUCCGUGGCCGACAGCUUGACUGAGGAGGUGCGAUGCUUUGUCAGCGAUGACCCGAAGGAGUUGCUCAAGGAUAUGUUCCAGUACAUCAAGGAAGUUGCGGCUAAGAUUCAGCAGUACAAUGUCUCGAAGUACGAGUCUUUGCUCCGCAAAAUCAUCAACGUCCAUGGUUUGACUGACGCUGAGGUUCCUGGUCUAGACUUGGGUAAGACGUACAAGAUGGAUGAUGUCAAUGCUUGGAUUCAGAACGGGGAGUUUGCUUGUUUCUUCGAUUUCCACAGCAAGCUCACAUUCGGUAAGAAGCGCUCGGAUUAUGGCAAGCUGAAGCAGUGCAUUGGUCAGGUACCAGUAUUCGGAUCCAACUCUGGACGCUACGACAUCAACCUUAUCAAGGCGGACCUGUUUGCAGUCAUCGGUAAUGACAACAUCACAUCAGUCAUCAAGAACCCUAGCUACAUGUGCAUCGCCACGUCAGACAUGAAAAUGCUUGACAUUAGCAACUAUGUUCCGGCAGGCACCAGCUAUGCAAAGUACUUGUCGACAUAUCUCGGUGAGUGCAAGUGUGAUGACAAGAUUCGAUGCGUCUGUGGCCUAGGAAAAGGCAUCUUCCCGUACGAGUACAUUACUUCAUUUGACGUACUCAGUCAGCCGGAAGUCCCUCCUAAGUCGGCGUUCGACAGUGCUCUUCGUAGCACUAGCAUCAGCGAUGAGGACUAUGUGCGGGUACAGUUCGUCUGGGAACACUAUGGCAUGAAGUCAAUCAAGGAUCUACUCAUUUGGUACAACAACCCCGAUGUAGUACCCUUCAUCAAGGCCAUCAAAGCCCAGCGAGAACUAUUCAAACGUUUCGAACUUGAUAUGUUCACUGAUGGUGUGUCGCUACCUGGUCUCUCUGAGAAAGUCAUGUAUCAGACGUGCUUCAACAACCUCCAGCAACCAAGUAAGGAGCCUGCUGAAGCGUUUGCCUUUCCCGCUAGUCGCUUAAGUGGAUAUAAGACCCAGGAUGCUGAUGCCGAUCGUGAAUUCAAUAUGACGCUAGAACACCUCAACGACUUGCUAGAGCGUCUCGGACACAUCGAUGGUAAUAUCUUGAUCAGCUGUGUGGGAUGCAACGUUGCUCGCAAGAACAUGUCGCUAAAGGGCUUCCGCCACAAGAAGCUACUUGAAUUCAACUCAGACAGGUUGGUGUACAGUAUCGAUAGAGAGGAGAAGGACAUCUACACCAAGAUGAAGGCGAACAUUGCUGGUGGUCCUUCUAUCAUCUUCAACAGAUACGCAAAACGCAACGAGACCAAGAUUCGAGGGGGUAAGAUCUGCAAAAAGAUCAUCGGCUACGAUGCUAAUGCUCUGUAUUUGUGGGCACUUGGUAAUGAGAUGCCAUGUGGACGGUUGAGUACCAUCGAGGCAUACACAGGGAUCGUCGAUGAUAUUGUAAAUGACAAGAUCUUUGGCUUCCUCGAGUGUGAUAUCCGUACACCAGAGCACCUCAAACCCUACUUCAGUGAAAUGACCCCAAUUUUCAAGAACACCCUUAUCGACUGCAGCGAUCGGAGUGUCAUCGGUCAGAACAUGUUCGAGUACAACGAGGAGCGCAAGCAAAGCCGAGCAAAGCCGGCUCGCAAACUCAUCGGGAGCUACUUUGGUGAGAAGAUCCUCAUUUUUGCACCACUACUCAAAUGGUACAUUUCUCAUGGCAUGGAGAUCACCAAGACUUACAGCUUCAUCAAGGCUAGCUCUCACAAGGCGUUUGCUCCAUUCAUGGAAGCCGUAUCGAACGCGCGACGGGAAGGUGAUGCCGAUAAGAGUAAGGCCAUGAUUGCUGAGAUGAUGAAACUAGUAGGCAACUCCGCGUUCGGUCGCAGUGGCAUGGACAUGAGCAAGCAUAAGGAGGUCAAGUAUGAGUCGGAUGAGAAGGCAAUUAAAUCGAAGAUUGAGCACUUCACCUUCCAUGGAAUGGAAGAGUUGAAUGAUUCAUGUGAAUUCACAAUGAAGAAGAGAAAGCUCAACAACAAGAACCCAAUUCAUCUCUCGAUUGCAAUCUAUCAGCUCGCUAAGCUCCGCAUGCUCGAGUUCUACUACGAUUGUAUUGACAUCUACUUCGACCGCUUGAAUUUUCAGUAUCAGGAGAUGGACACCGACUCUGGCUACAUCGCUUUCAGCUGUGAAAAGCCAUUUGAGGAGUGCAUCAAGCCUGAGCUUCGUGAGCAUUUUCAGCAGCACAAGUAUGAGUGGUUCCCACGCGACUAUAAUGAGACUGUAGCCAAGUUUGACCGUCGAACCCCUGGUUUAUUUAAGGAAGAGUGGUCUGGUGAUGCUAUGGUAUCAUUGGCCUCUAAGAACUACAUUUGCUACCUACCAGACGAAUCUUACAAGGUCAAGGUUUCAGCGAAGGGAGUCCAGCAGAAUGGUGGACGAAACGGUGAUGUUCUCAACCCAGAUGGGUUCGAAUCAGUUGUUCGCGAUCGCAUCACGCUACAGGGCACCAACAAGGGGUUUAGACUCAGUAAGGAGACCUUAUACCAGAAGGCUAAAGAACUGGAGCCGAAGAUUACGAUGAAAAUCGUCAAGGAAUGGUACUCAAACCAGAGCGAUAUUCAGCGAUUUCAGGAGCAGAAGAAGCGAUACGAUGGUUCCGGAGGCAGCUAUGGUGACAAUAGCGACCUCAACGUCGCUGAGCUGAAAGCUAUCCUGAAGAACCUCAUCAUUCAUGAUCGUCCCCAGAAGACCCAAGUCGCUGUGUGGGCUACUGACCUCGACAAGUCGACCAAGAAGGUGGAGGCAUCUACCCAAACGGAAGGUGGUCGAGUCUGGGCGGAGGAACACAGAGUCGCCAAGAACAACGAUUUUGUCAGCCUGUAG